UUAAAAACAUAAUUUAAAAUAAGUUAAGUUUUAUGUUAAAUCUGCAGUCAUGAAAAAUCAGAAAGAAAAUAUUAAAAUUGAAUAUCUCUCAAAAGAUAUACUUGACGAAGAAUUUAUGAAAUCCUUCAGCCUUCUGUACUAUACGCAGAGAUUGAUAGGAUCGACCCGCGUUCAAAUUAAACAUCGAUUUGUGACAACGCCAUCUUUUUUACAAAAAUGCCAUACUUUAAUAAGUGUGAUCUUACUGUUAGGAUUAGACUAUCUUGUUAUACAGAAAUAUGAUAAAAUCCUGUUUGAUCGCGAAACUAUCUACUAUUUGAGCAUAUGUGUAACGGGAUUACAGACCAUAACAUUCUUAUGCAAUAUAAUUAAUGUGCGUUUUAUGAACGGAGAUGCUAAUGUUGAAUUGUUAGUCAAUCUGCAGCAAAUAGAUAGGCGUAUGAAUAUAAAUCGUAACAAAAGUAUCACAACUCUGUUAGUCAAGACAAAUGUUAUAUCACUGGUUGUGGUUCUGAUAAUGUUCAUUACCCUUCUUGGCGUGGCUAGUGCAAAAGGAACCGCCGCAUUUUGGCCUUAUAUAGGAAUCGCUUAUUCCCAAUUCAGUUUCGUCAUAGAACUGAUUAGUUGCUCAAAUAUGUUUAUGUACUUCUAUAUACGUGCACGCUUCAUAAAUUCGAUUAUUAAAAAUUAUAUCGACCAAAAGGGGACGCAAGAGAUUCUGUAUUCAAAAGAGCGAUUUUUAUCUUCAUAUUUUGCUUCGAAAGUAUUCAUGAGACGCUUGGCUGCUGGCUCUCAUAAUUUUGUAUCAAGCGAUACAGAUGUAUAUUUGAAACAAUUACUAGAGGGUUUUUUCAAGUUUCAAGAUAUUUACAAAUUUCAAGUUUUUAUGUUUUGCUGUAAGCUGGUCGCAUCAGCUCUUUUAACAUUCGAAUUCCUAUUGUAUGCUGUACAAAAUGAUACUGUGGGACUCUGGGACAGUCUGACGCCCUCAUUUUUCACAGUGAUUGACUUAGUAAUGGCGAGUUUGCUUGGCGUCCGAUGUGAAGUUUUCAUUAGAGAAGUAAAGGAAACUAAGCGACUGGUGAUUACCGUCAUGUCGAGACAUUAUGAUGGACGAUUAAGAGAGAAAUCCAAGAGAAUGUUGAAACUAGUAGAGGAAACUCCACCUCACUUGUCUGUUUACGACAUGUGGCAAUUGGACGCGAACGUUUUGUUGCAAAUGUUCAUGUUGGUGACCGGUCUUAUUGUCACGCAAAUGCAGUUCGCGUUUUUGUAAAAUUCUAUCUGCUGCUAGCAAUUUCGUCCAUUUCCUGAGGGAACUACUUCCCGCACUCGGAUAAAA